UAAUACGGCCCAAAGAUGGCGGAUUAUUGGUAGAAUAACACUAGGAACAGUGCCUAUCGAAGGAAGCGAGCACCUUUCGCUGGUCAGCGAAUUGGGUCAUGCACGUACAUUCUGAUAGACGCUGUAUUGAUUGCAUUUGAUAUAACGAAGAUUCAAAGAUAUAUUAAUUAACCAUGGCUGAGAAACCAGGCUAUACUCUGCUCUCUUGCUUGGUUGUUUUUGUUUCUUUUGGAUGCUUGCAGUGUAUAAACUUAGAUCUUGAUGAUAGUAAAGAUGGAUUCUUUCUAAAAUCACCAUACCACAAACUGAGAAUUUCAGAGCCUAAUGUGGUGAAAGAAUCCUUGAUCCUAACUCAUCCAGCUGAGGUGUAUAAACUUCGAGCAAGCCAUGGCCCGUUUGAAAUGUAUGAGGUUGUGCCAAAUAAAGUUCUUGCAAACAUUUUAAAAUUUGAUGAGACAAGUGACAUUGAAACUGAUAUGCAUAGACAUAUAAUUCACAAUAUGGAUGUUAGUGCACAUCUUGUUUCUCGGAAGGUGUCAUAUUCCAAUCCGCUUGUGCAGGUUUUAGUCCAUGUAUCAAUAGCCAGAAAACAGAAACAGGAAUUCAAUAAUGUUUAUUAUGUUUACAGUCAACGUUGGUGUGCUCAAAUCUUUUUGACCAGAGGGAAUGAACAGUAUACUUCAGUGUGUGUACUAAACGGGGACAGUAAUGCGUGUGUUGCAAGCUUGACCAUCCCAGAGCAUUGGUGGGAUACAUCCAACACAUCUGUUUUUGACCAGGAUGUUCAAGUCUUCUAUGAUUUAUCUAGAGUGGAGCAAAGUCAAGAAUGCGCUAGUGUGUCCAACACUAUUGUACCAGCUCGUGUUGAAGCUCAGUCCAUCAACAAAGAGAAAAAACUCAUCUCCACCUUCAAGCUCAAGCAGGAGAACUACAGCUAUGAGGAGCAUAGAGAUAAAGACCUAAUCUUUAGGAUCCCCAAGACUGACCUUUUGCCAAAUUCCAAAUUUGAAGUACCUGUCCUUUUGGAGAAAAAUUCAGCUUUAAAAGAGUUUGUUGUGCAAGUAAAAAUCAGAGGAAAUAUUGCUGUUGAAGGAGCCUAUACAGCUAAAGAUGGCCCUUGGAGUUUAAAGUUUGAGUCAGAAGGAAAAGAUGGGACUUCAACUGUUACAAUUUUUCAGAAGCAAGAUGUUAAAAAUACAAAAACAACUAAAGUCGACGAAAUUAUGCGAUGGCAGUUUCGAGUCCUCUCAAGUACUAGUUCUACAUCAGCUGCCAGAAUUGUGUGGAAUGUUGAUUACGAGAAGAAUGGUUUGUCCAGGAAUGCUUUUUUUAACCCUGAAGGAAGCCGUAUAGUUGCAAAAUUUACUAUUGUUAAUGGAAAAACAGAUCACAUAGUUACUGUUUUGAAGGAGCGCAAUAUUCUGAAUACAGCUAUUCUAACUGGAACUGCUUUGACUCAUGAUAUGCUAGUGUAUUCUGUGUCCUACAAUAACACCUUCAAGGAGAUAACAACAGAUUGCACAUGUCGCUCAUCAGAUUAUGAAGCUCUUCAAGUGUCCAGCUCGUGUGAAAAUAUUUUCUUGGAUGGCACAGAAACUCGUGGAGCCAAAAAUGUAACUAUCAUGGUGAGAACAGCUGACCAAAUCGCACUUGUGGGCGUCAGAGUUUGGGUUCCAGACCCACGGCUGGAUAUCCAACUCUCAGAUAUCAAGCUGAGUCAAGUGAGGGGGUGGAAAGUCAAUAAGCCCAAACACAUAUCAAAAAGAAGUGUUGAUCUUGGUCUUUUGACCCACUCAAGAGUCAUAAUGGGGAAUGAAAGUGAACAAGCUGAGUCUCCAACCUGCCGCAACAAGUAUCAGCAGUCUUUAAUUGAUGUCUUUGCCAAGUUUACAAUCAAUGUACCAGGUGAAGCCACCCUGUACUAUAGAAAUAAAAAGACCGCCUUCAAGGUUACAAAGUUUGUAAUGGACAGGCUGAAAGUGAAGAACACCAAUAUAGCCACAAUAGUGAGAGACUCUGUUAUAGGGUUGUCACCAGGUGUUACUGAGAUUCAGGUUACUUCCGCUUCUGGAAAAAUACUGGGUACUAGGGAGAUCAAAGUUGGUGAAGAUAAAAUAGCUAUAGAGCGCAUGAUGGUGCGCGUGGUUAGUGGUAUGAAGCUGCACAUUUCAGAGGAUAAAAAUAUACCUGGUGCUUUGUUAGCAACUGUUUAUCUCAGAGAUCAACUGAAUUCUAAAUCACAGGAAGCUUUGCUUGACAUUGAUAUAGAAUUUAAAGAUGGGACAACUCUGCCAUUGUCUAGUGUAGACCCAGAGGAGUAUGAAUUGGUGGUGACCUCAGUAAAUACUGAUAUAGUUGAAGUGACAAAACAACACUUUACUGAAGCAAAUUUUCCUCCUAGCAUUAGAGCUGUUGGUAAUGGCAAAGGUGAAAUAGUCAAGGUCAUCUUGAGAGAAACUAAAGCAUGCACGAAAAAGAAACCUCGCACACUGGAUGCUGAGUAUGUCCAUGUUCAGGUUGAAUUUACUAAAGAUAUGGACAAUUACAAUGCUGCGAUUCAAAGUGAUGUGAAUGUGAAUGAUCAUCAUUCAGAAAUUAUGAGCAAAGAUGAAUUCUUCAGUUUAAAGCAUCAAGAGAGUAAAUUUAUAAAGCCUGCUCCCAAGGUCUCCCCUGUUGAUAAAUUUGACACCCACACUCUGCCUGAUGUUGAUGAUGACGAAGUGACCCAGGAGCCCAAGUCAGAAGCCCUAGAGCAGCCUGUCAGUACUAAAGUAAAGCAUCCAUCUCCACUAGAAAUAGGCAUGUAUGUCUUGGUGGCUGUUUUUGUUUUUGCCAUUCUAGUCUUCACUGCCAACUGUGCUGUUUUCAUGGUGAGAUAUCAGCGAAAGCGCUCACCUAAAAAUUCACGAAUCAUGACGGGAUCCAUUUCUCAAGCUCCUGAUUGGGUGUGGAUUGGGCGUGCAACACUGGAACGACACGGUGCAGCAAAUGCUGGCUGCAAUCAUGCUUUAAUGGCAGAAGAAGAUUUUAAUGGUAAUCAAAUGGUUGUGCCCAACGCCUUACCCACUGAAAGACACCGCCAUUCUGCUAGAAGACCUGUAAGUAAUGAACUCAACGAUAGCAAAUCUACUAGCGGAGUUACUGGAAGUGUAACAGCAGGUUCUGAGAGUAACCGUAGCAGCAUGGUGUCCACUUACAAAGGGUCAGAAUGCAGCAUUCGGAUAACUUCCAACCCUCUUCCAGAUAAUGACUGUGGUAUGGGGUACAAUGAAGCUGAAUGGGACUACGAAGCAAUGGGGAUGACAUAUGAGCAGCUGAUGGAGUAUUUUGACAAUCUUAAGGAGUCUUCAGCUUAAAGCAGAAAGCUGCUGCUUAUUGCAGACUGUGUCAAUGAAGAAAGAUGGUUGUUUUAGUUAUAAUUAGCAAUGUUAUUACUCCGAUAAUUAUAUAUUUAUAAACUCCAGCUGAUUUAAACCACAUAUUUAGGAGGUUUGAUAUAGUUUUAGUCACACAAGUUUUUAUUUUACUUGCAACAUGUUUGAUUUUAAAAAAGAAAUACUUUUCUACCUAUAUUUAAUAAGAAAUGAACUUUUCUUUGAAAGUUACUACAUUUCUGUCUAAAUAAUUGCACAGGACUUGGUCCAGUCUGUGAGCUUUUGAUAAACUUGAACUCUACUGAACCUCCCAGUUGAUUCUGUAUCAUAAGCUGCUUAGUAGUUUCUAACAUCUGAUACCUCAAGCUUAGGAAUCCACAUUCAACAAUAAUAUGAUGUUGUGUUUGAUUAUAUCCAUCAAGUUUAAAGUAGUAAAUUGUACUAGUGGUUAUAGAGCAGUAUAAUAAUUCAUGCUUUAGAAUACAAACAAUUUUCUCUGUAAUAGGUUUUUAAUGUUCAUAUUUUGGGAAAUCAAAUGUUUUACAUCAAUUUUACAACUUGAGAUUGAUAUUUCAAAACAAUUCUAUGGAUAGAGCCUUAUAUCAAAUUUUAUUUCUGCAUUUAAGAGAUUUAUUUUAAAUUUUAGUAUAUUUUUUGUGAGUGGUUUUGUUUGUAUACAAAAAGUUUCUCAUUCUUUUAAGUGUUACUAUAAAGUGCAUUUUAUUGAUGUAAAUAAUUUGUCGUGUAUGUAAAAUAAUGGCAUCUUGUUUUUAGUGAUAUCUAAGUCAGUAUAUCUUUUCAUAUGUUCACACUUUUUGUACGCCUAGUGUAUAUUUCUUUUCUGUACUUAUUUAAGGCUACACAAUUUCUGCUUUCUUGUUUUUUGACUUAGUUUUUUUAUACAACUUUGCUUAAAUGUUGUAUCUUUUCUGUGUUAAGCUACCUUUUUGAUACAUAUAUAUACACUUUUAUCUAUUUAAAAUAUGAGAGCAUUAAAGAAGAGAUCACUGUUAUAUGUGUUACCUCUACAUAGAACUUAUUCUUUUGACACUUUUACUCAGCAGCCAUAGGUUUUUAAAAAUAUCCAUACAUGGUUAUAGAACAUAAUUACUGGUUUACCUGUUAUUUUAUAUACUGAAGAGAAACUUAAAACAUAAAAAGCUUGAUAAUUGGAAAGUUUGAUUAAUAUUAAAGUGGAAUAACUAGUAGAGUUGAUAUAUCUCACAGGUGGCAUGAUUGUGCUAAUGAGUACUUUGUAUCCUAAAUGUAUUGAUAGAUUGUUGCUUGGUUAGAUCAAAUCAGUAUUUGGGUGAGCAAAUACUUCUAGUGCAUGGUAAAUUAUCUUUAAGUUACAACCUGAAACCUUUGUUUUUGAACUGUUUUGAAGAAUGUAGUAUAAUGUAGAGGUCCACAUGUAGCUACCAAACAACGAUGUAAUAUGCUGUAAUUUGUUUUACUUUUUCCAUGACAUAAAAAAACUAGGACUAAAAAGAAAAUUUCAUCCAGAGGUUUACAUCAUGGUUUGAAUUGUUAAAUUAUUUAGGCAGUGCUUUAAUUAUAACAGCACUAUAAUGGCUUUGUAAAAAAAUUGGCUAGCUAAGGUAUAUGUUAUUUCCAAUACAAAUGUGGAAUAGAAUUAAAAUGUCUAUUUCUCUCUCUGUGUAUAUUUAUAUGUAUAUAUAUGUAUAAAUUAAUAUAUAUACAUAUAUAUACAGACAGACAGAAUUGCACAUAAUUAUUAGGGAAUACGAACACAUUGUUUUUAUGUAUUUACCUAAAUAACAGUACUACCUAUACUCCCACCUAUAUUAGGGAAUUAACUUGAUCUGAUUGAUAUUAAUGUCUACUAAGUUUUAUGCUACACUUUUUUUCCAAGUUUUAAAAUGUAUAUAGAAUUUUACCAGUACCAUCAAGAACACUAACAGUAUAUAUGAUUGUAGAUUAUGCUACAAAUGAUUGGUAAUAUUUAAAAAUUGUUGUAUGCAUGGUGGCAAAUUUUCUCUAUUUAUUUAACUAUACUGAUGUGUUAUCUGUCUAUUAAAGCAUAGCGUAUUUUUAAAUGUAAUUUCAGUGUAUGAAAUAACAGAUAAAGAUGUGCAGUAAGUCUAACAGCUUUUCAAUUCUGUCUAGAGUUUUAAAUUUCACAAUGGCAACUCUAAUGCUGAAUACUGUAUUUAAUAUUACUUGUUUAAAGUAUGAUUUAUUCUUUGUAACAGUAUUAUUUUAUUUCUAAUCUAGCUUUAAAUCUUGCAGAUUUGUGCUACUCUGCAAAAAUCAAGAGAAUUUUUUAGUUUUUCUUUGUGUGAAAUUAUCAGCACUUAUGUAAAGCUUUCAGUUAUACGUUGGCUGCAUGUAUGAAUGAUUAGAUAAUAUGAAGGGGAUAAAAUAUUUAUUAAUUUUUGUGACGCUGUGGAUCGGUAAUGGCCAGACUUAGAAAAGAUUCUUUUAUUUCCAACACUAAAUGUAUUCAACUUCAUUUCUUAAACUGAAACAAUAUUUGAAUAAUAAACAUGAACUAUUUUGUUUGUAAAUUAUAAUUCCAAGUAUUUAGUUAAUUGAAAUGUUGAAAGAGUUGAAUAAUAGCAGUGGUCUCUUGAAAAUGUACACAGUACCUACUCCAGUUGAACAUCUUUUAAAUGGCUGGCCAUUACUGGGAUAGAUGUUGUGUAUCAUUCAUUGAUCGGUUGUUGUUUUUUAACUGCUAAAUAAACAACAUAGUUGUAGUUUUUAAGUCCAUUUUUUCAUGUGAUCUUUUAAAUUGUCAUCCUUUUUUUUAAAGAUGUGUUCAAUUUUUAUAAAGGGUAUUUGCACUAAUAGAUUACAAAAAAACUUUAAAGUGUUAUGGAAUUCUACAAAUUUAAAUUGUCAAAUUAAUCUGCAUGAGAAAAUCUUGGUUACAAAUUUUAUGUGGCUACAGUUAACUUCUCAAUUCUUUCAUUAUACUGUGAUUUUUAAUGUUUUGACAUGCACGUUUACAUUGUCAAUCACAUUCAUUUUAUUUCGCAGUAUAAAUACCCAAAAGAAAUACACAUAAAAAUAAUUGCCUGUGAUAUUUUUUUCAGCACGGAAAGGGGAGCAAUUAGUAAUUAACAACUAUUAUUAUAUAAAAAAAAUAUUCUAAAACUAAAAGCGCAGUCAUUUGUUUAAUUAUCAGUUUAUAAACUCCAUUUCCAGAGUUUUUAAUAGUGUAUUCUUUUUUCCUUUCAUCAAGUUGAGCUUCAUCAUAAUUUCAGUGUAUUUUAUGACUGUUCUUGUUCAUAUUAAAAUUAUAGUAUGAUUAUAAUAUUUAGUUGUAAUUAAAUAUGAUACUCUCUCGAUAUAAGUUUGUAAUUCCCUGUGUAUCUGAGAGGUUGUCAAUUUUUUGGAAAAUUAAUAAAACACCUGUCGACCUUAA